UUCACUUCCCCUUCACUCAUUCAUUCUCCUUCAAUCAUGGACUUUUCUCAACUCUCCACUCUUCUCCUUUUCACCUUCCUCGCCGCCGUCUCCGCUGCCCGUGAUCUCCCCGGCGACUAUCUCCGAUUGCCUUCUCAAACCUCCAGAUUCUUCCGUCAACCUGAAAACGAUGACAACGAAAAGGGAACUAGGUGGGCGAUUUUGCUCGCUGGUUCUAAUGGUUACUGGAAUUAUAGACAUCAGGCUGAUGUUUGUCAUGCGUAUCAAUUAUUGAGGAAAGGUGGAUUGAAGGAAGAGAAUAUUAUUGUUUUCAUGUAUGAUGAUAUUGCUUCGAAUGAAGAGAAUCCAAGGCCUGGUGUCAUAAUUAACAAACCUGAUGGGGAUGAUGUUUAUGCAGGAGUUCCGAAGGAUUAUACUGGUGAUGAUGUACAUGCUGACAAUUUCUAUGCUGCUUUACUUGGAAAUAAAUCCGCUCUUACAGGUGGGAGUGGGAAAGUUGUGGAUAGCGGUCCCAAUGAUCAUAUUUUUGUAUACUACACUGAUCAUGGUGGUCCGGGGGUUCUUGGUAUGCCUGUUGGUCCUUACUUGUACGCAUCUGAUCUGAAUGAAGUGUUGAAGAAAAAACAUGCUUCUGGAACAUAUGAGAGCCUAGUAUUUUAUCUAGAGGCAUGUGAAUCUGGGAGUAUCUUUGAAGGACUUCUUCCAAAAGAUCUCAAUAUCUACGCGACAACAGCUUCAAAUGCGGAAGAAAGUAGUUGGGGAACAUAUUGCCCCGGGGAUAACCCUCCCCCACCCCCAGAGUACUCAACUUGCUUGGGUGACCUAUACAGUGUUGCUUGGAUGGAAGACAGUGACGCACACAAUUUGCGAACUGAAAGUUUGCAACAGCAAUAUAAAUUGGUUAAGGAUAGGACUAUUAAUGGAGCAUACUAUGGAUCUCAUGUGAUGGAAUACGGUGAUGUAGGUCUUAGCAACAAUCUUCUCUAUCUAUAUUUGGGUACAAAUCCUGCUAAUGAAAAUAAUUCCUUUGUGGAUGAAACUGAAAACUCCUUGAAAUUGAGAACACCUUCAGUCAACCAAAGGGAUGCCGAUCUCAUCCAUUUCUGGGAAAAGUUCCGCAAAGCACCAGAGGGUUCUUCGCGGAAAAAUGAAGCUGAGAAACAAGUUUUGGAAGCAAUGUCUCACAGGAAGCAUAUAGACAACAGUGUGAAACUGAUUGGGAAGCUCUUAUUUGGCAUUGAAAAGGGUACUGAAGUGCUCAACACUGUUAGACCUGCUGGAUCACCACUUGUUGAUAACUGGGACUGCCUCAAAACCAUGGUAAAGACUUUUGAGACACAUUGUGGAUCCCUGUCUCAGUAUGGUAUGAAGCAUAUGAGGUCUUUCGCGAACAUCUGCAAUGCAGGAAUACCGAAUGAGCAAAUGGCCGAGGCCUCAGCACAAGCUUGUGUCAGUAUUCCUGCCAACCCCUGGAGUUCUCUGCAAGGAGGUUUCAGUGCAUAGUCUCUAAAAUGUGCACUUUGUAAAAACCAUGUACAAUUGUUGUUACCUUAUGUUUUAUGCUUGUAUAUACAUACAGAAACAUUGGUCAUGAUCUCAUGUCAUGAUUCUGUAAAAAUACAAUUGGGACACUACUAGGACAUGGAGGAAUAGGAUUUCUCUCCAAUGGUGUGCAUAUGCUUGAAAUCCAUUCAGUUAUGUGGUUGUAUUAUUGCAAGAAAAAUAAUUUUUAGAUGGGAAAAAAAUGCCAAUAUGGCAUGGAAAAGGUGUAUAGAGUAAAAGGGCAAUUGGCAGAUAGGUGCUACCCUAGACACUUUGCAACACAAUUGGCAACUCUUUGUAUAAUUAUUUUAGUUGGAUAUGCUAUUCAUACAACUAUUGUUUAAUAUUAA